AUGCAAGCCGCGUCCGGCGGCUCGGUCCCUCCCCUCGCCAAGUACAAGCUGGUGGUGUUGGGUGACCAAGGGUGCGGAAAGACGAGCAUCAUCACGCGCUUUAUGUACGACAAGUUCGACAACAACUACCAAGCGACCAUCGGCAUCGACUUCCUGUCAAAGACGAUGUACCUGGAGGAUCGUACCGUGCGCUUACAGCUGUGGGACACGGCCGGGCAGGAACGGUUUCGAUCGCUCAUUCCUUCGUAUAUACGAGACUCGUCCGUCGCCGUCGUAGUCUACGACGUCACCAAUCGGCCGUCGUUUUUGUCUGUGAACAAGUGGAUUGACGACGUGCGGAACGAGCGCGGCACCGAUGUCAUCAUUGUGCUGGUGGGGAAUAAAACGGAUAAGACGGACGGCAGGCAGGUUGCGACAGAGGAGGGAGAGGCGAAAGCGAAAGAGCACAACAUCAUGUUCAUCGAGACUAGCGCGAAGGCCGGGUUUAACAUUAAGGCACUGUUCAGAAAGAUCGCAGCUGCCCUGCCCGGCAUGGAAAACUCCCCGCUCGCGGGCGAAACAGAUCUCAUCGAUGUCACUUUAUCACCGCGACCCUCCGCUCCCGCUAAUGCCGGCGCUUCAUCGUCAUGUGCUUGUUAGAGCCCUUCUAUUGUACGUCAAGUGCUAUCUAGUCAAGUAAACCAUUCCUAACAAAA